UCACUUGUCCCGUGUCACUUCUCCGCCUCAUGGGGCACUUCCGUGGAGCUCACCUGUUGUUGGAGGCGCUAUGAAAUCCCUGAUGCGCGUUUUUAAAUGCACCGGCCCAAAGCAACUUUUUAUUUCCUGGGGGAAAAAAAGACUCGAUCCUGAAAUGCGCCCGAUCCAAAACCAGGCGAUAACCUCCUGCAGCUCCUGAAGUCUAAAGUGCUCGGGAAGACGAAAGGGGAGAUAAACUCUGGAGUUACAAGACAUUAUUGAAUUGGAAAAUCGCAUUGUGAUCUAGAUUACAUUCUCUCGAUCUGGAGGGCUGGCGGUGUGUCGCAGCCAAUACAUGUAAGCGCUUAUCUGGCUGCCCGUGUCUGGAGAGAGAAUUGGAAGAAAAGAAAGAGUAGAAAUCCACAGUCCAUCAUUCACCAUCAUCGCGGAAUUAAUGGAUUAUUGACGAUAGACGGAUAUCCAGCGCCGGGGACUGCAGAUCCAGCUCCGUGUUUUUGCCCUGCCCCGAGCCGGGGGAUAGGAGCCUGUAGUGGAACUCAUGAGAGCCAAUAGGACUGCAGCAGUGUUAGAACUGGGGAGCCGGUGUGCGGGCGAAAGGCGACCACAACUCAAGAGCGGUGUUGAGGGUGUCUGGGCUGAGAGCCGAGCUCUGCGGGAUUUGUUUAUUUACCUGGCGACUCCACCGAGGCUCGUGUGUCAGAGGAAUACGUGCACUUCAGAGGAUGCUCUUCGAGAGGUCCCCGAGGAAGCUUCAAGGGGUUUCUUUGUGCGGGCAGAAGGCAGAAGCUGUUCGGCACAAGCGACACAUUUGAGAGGGCAUGGGGGACCUCGCCCUGGUGAUCAAUCAGUGAUCCCAGCCCAGUCCCACCCCUCCCGCAGUGCCUUCCCUCUGCGUGACCCACCAUGACCCGGUCAUGAAGGGCUACCAUGUGAGCCGCAGCCUGUCCCAGCACUCGUCCUCGGGGCCCUGCCACUGUAUCCCUGAGGACGUGCCCCGCGACUACAUGCCUCUCUACCACGACCCCCGCCCCUCCUUUGACCAUUACCAGGGUGACCACCCCUCCUACUACCCCCCCGGGGGUCCCCCCGAGUCCCUGCCUCUGUCCGGCGGGGGCACUUUUCCCCGGUCGCACCCCAGCCAGACCUACGACUCAUGCGAGGAAUGCCUGGCCUCUUCCUCGGCGGCGCAGCACCACCCUUCCUCCUCUUCCUCAAGCAAGAUGCAGCGGCUGCCCCCUAACCUGCUGGACCAGUUCGAGAAGCAGCUGCCCUUCCACCCGGACGGCUUCCACACCCUGCAGUACCAGCGGGCGGCCAGCGGGGAGCAGCGCAGCGAGAGCCCCAGCCGCAUCCGGCACCUGGUGCACUCCGUCCAGCGGCUCUUCGCCAAGUCUCACUCCCUGGAGGCGCCCUCCAAGCGCGAGUACAACGGCACGCGGGCGGACCCCCGGAGGGCGGGCGGGGGGGGCGGGCAGGGGCCCGAGGAAGGAGCCCACCCGCACUACCCUCCCCAGCAGCACCACGUCUCCCGCCAGCCGCGCCGCAGCAAGAGCCGGGAGCGGAGCAAGAGCGGGGAGUCGCGUCACCGCAGCAAGACGGCCGGCUGGUGGAGCUCCGACGACAACCUCGACAGCGACAGCAGCUUCCUGGUGCCGGGGGGCAUGGCAGCCGGGAGGGGAGGGGUGCCCCCCAGCCCCGAGGGUCUGGAUGGGGCGCUGCAAGACCUGACGCUCAAGGCCCUCAAAGGCAAAGGGCCACCCGGGGAGUGCCUGGCCUGCACCAGCAUGGCGCUGGCUGGGGAAAGCGGCCACUCCCUGAAGAGGAGCACCUGGUCCUCCAUGACGGUGAGCCAGGCCAGGGAGGUCUACCCCUCCUCCAAAGCAGGCUACGACAAGGCGCUGGUGCCUCUGGACCCCGGCAAGGCCAAGGAUCGCAGCUAUCAUUACUUACAGGUCCCGUCUGACGACUGGGCGAGCGGGUACCCGGGGGGUGGCCCAGACUCGGGCGGGGAGAUCCCCUGCCGGCGCAUGCGCAGCGGCAGCUACAUCAAGGCCAUGGGCGACGACGACAGCGGGGACUCAGACACCAGCCCCAAGGCCUCCCCGAAGUCGGCACUGAUUGCCCAGAGGGACGCCCUCCGCAGGUCCGUCAGCAUGGAUCAGCGUUGCAGCAACUCCAAGCACCCCUGUAAGCAGUGCACCGACGUGUACCCUCCCAGCCGCACCACACCAAAAAACAGCUCCAGGUCCCACAGCUAUACCCGCUCGCUGACCAGCUCACAGCUGGGCGAGACGCUGAAUCGGCAGUUCGAGGCGGUGUGCGAGUCGGUGUUCGGCGAGGUGGAGUCUCAGGCUGUGGACGCCCUGGACCUGCCGGGAUGUUUUCGGAUGCGCAGCCACAGCUACAUACGAGCCAUCCAGGCCGGCUGCUCGCAGGACGAUGACUGUCUGCCUGUCUUCUCUCUGGCUGCGUCCCAAGGAGGGAGCAAGUCGGCAGUGUUCCCACACCGGAAGGCACCCCCUCCUCUCCCGCCCCGCAUGUCCAAGCCACUCAUCUCGGUGACCGCGCAGAGCAGCACUGAAUCCACGCAGGACGCCUACUUCCAGAGCACAGGGCAGCCCAAAGCAGGGCGUGCCAAACAGCACAGCAACUCAGCCGACAGUCUAGAUGGAGGGGGGCGCUCAUCCCGUUGCGGUUACUACCAGGGUGGCUCCGGCUCCGGCUCCGGCUCCGGCACGGGGCGCGGCAAGCAGCACAGCAAUUCUGCAGAGAGCCUGGACGGGAGCAGAGGGUCCCGGGAUGCCUAUUACCACGGCGGCCAGGGGCCUGCGAGAGCAAAGCAACACAGUAACUCCGCCGAUAACCUGCUGGAAGGGGGGAGAAGCUCGCGGGAGAGGGACCGGCCCGGGGGCAGCCUGGGGAAGUCCGCGUCUCUCCCCCAGAACAGCUUCUCCGCGGGCAGGCCGAGCAGCAGCGCUGGGUCAGAGGAACACAAGCAGGACAGCCGGGGGAGGAAGUGGAGGCCCUCCAUCGCAGUGCAGGUCGACAGCUCAGAGACACUCUCGGACUCGGACACGGAAAGCAAGGCACUUCGGGAGGUGCAUUCCAUCGGAGUCCAGGUGGAGGAGGAUAAGCGGCGUGCCCGCUUCAAGCGCUCGAACAGUGUGACAGCAAGUGUGCAGGCUGACCUGGAGACCGAGGGCUUCCCCGGGCUGAGCAUCUCUACGCAGGACAAGGGGUUGCAGUUUGGCUGCUCCUUCCAGCGGCACUCCUCGGAGCCCGAGUCUUCCAGCCAGUACAGCGAGUUCCGCACCGUGCACACGCAGGGCCAGUGGGCCUACCGCGAGGACUACCACAACGCCUAUGAGGGCGGGCCCAGCUCCGCGGGCGCACCGGCCCCCAGGCCUCUGGAGCGCGCCUGGCAAUCGGAGGGCCCCCGCAGCCUCCCUGACUCCGGCCGCGCCUCCCCCUGCCUCCGCGAUGGAGAGUUCUUCCUGCGCCUCCUGCAGACGGAGGUGGAGAGGAUGGAGGGCUGGUGUCAGAUGAUGGAGAGGGAGGCGGAGGAGCACGACUUACCCGAGGAGAUUCUGGAGAAGAUCCGCAGUGCGGUGGGCAGUGCCCAGUUGCUGAUGUCCCAGAAGGUGCAACAGUUUUUCCGGCUGUGCCAGCAGAGCGUGGAUCCUUCUGCCUACCCCCAGCCGAGUUCCCAAGACCUGGCGGGAUUCUGGGACCUGCUCCAGUUGGCCAUGGAGGACGUGCGCGGGAAAUUCCAGGAGCUGCUGAGGAUAAAGGAUGCUGGCUGGAGACUGGCCGACAAGAAGACGAGUGAGAGAGCGGAGGAUAAGAAGACUCCUCCUCCGUUACCAAAGAAACCGGGGGCAGGAGGCGCGAGUGGAGCUGGGGUCAUGCUGGUUUCAAGAGGGGGAAAAGCUCUCCCUGUGAGAGAGAAGUCCCUGGACCUGGGAGACCGGCAGCGACAGGAAGCUCGACGGAGACUCCAGGCAGCCAAGCGUGCCGCGUCCUUCCGGCAAAACUCUGCCACCGAGAGUGCCGACAGCAUCGAGAUCUACAUCCCUGAGGCCCAAACCCGGCUCUGAGCACAGCUGGCAAACCUGGGCCCACAGUUCCCUCUGCCCCUCCCUGCCCAUCUCUUCUUCUUGCCAGACAAAGUACGCACAGGUCCUACUAGUGAACUUUGUCAGCAGGACAGUAAGGGAGCAAACAGAAAGGCAGGGGAACGCAUAGUCUUGACUAUGCAAAAGACAAAGAUUUGGAAAAACGUUAAAACAUUUCUCCUACCAUAGAUUCUUUCUUGGAACUAGGUUCCUGUGAAUGAUUUCAUAUAGGUUAUAUCUCCCCGACCAUAACCUGAAGGCAGUUCAGACCAUGCUACAGAAAUCAGCCUCAUCACACUAUCGUCACACUUGAGCAGGGAUGUUGUUCACAGACAUUUAAAUCAUUGCCCAUAGGCCCGAAAGAGAAUUUCUUUUUGCCCAACGGGAACAGAGUGAAAAAUGAGAAAUGAUUAACAAAGCCAGACAAAAUAGACGAAGCAAAAUUAAGCAGUGUGAAUGGAAAAGAUCCCACAAAGGAACUACAAAGGAUCGUCAGCGUUAUAGUGCUUGAAAAAGAACUGAGCUGAGUGAUAAUAACCAAUAGCCUCACAUACCAAGCUGACAUCCCAGUGCCCACAACAUGGACAGAAAUUAUUUGAAAUGAACAGUUAUUUUUUAAAAGCCUUUUGAUGCAACAGCACUCAAGAGGGAUAACCAGACUGUCAUCAACAGACGACUCAUUCAGAUCAUCACUUGCUCUCUCUGUUCCACGCACAAGGAACAUGUGCAGUCCCCCGCGAGGUCCCUUUAAUUGGCCCACUGAUUGAGUGACAGAUGAACGACAUGAAAGGCAGUAAAUCAGAACGUGAUCAAAGGUGCUCGUGCUGUACUGCUUAUUCAGACUCUGUUCUAGGGAGUGCCACGCUCUACGUCUCAUUCCCUCACCAAACUUCGGCGGCACAGGAAGAGGACUCUAAGGAUUUUCAGGGAUUCUCCGGGUGGAGCUCCUAGACAUCAAAACAGUUAAAAAAAAAGUCUUGAUACAACUCAGUAUUGCCAAGGUGUUUAAAAUUAACAAUGGACACAUAUAAAAUGCACAAUUCGCCUUCAUAUACUGGAUACUUAUUAUACUUUAUAGUUAUUUUUUAAUAUCCUCCUGUAGCCACAGUUGCUUUAGUCUUGCCACAUCUUGGAAGCGGACUGUGGACACAGUGAGCCUCAGUGAUAAAGACCCUCUUAACAUCAAAAUUAAGGUACAGUUCUCCCACCAUCACCACGCUUCCCAGGCUCUGACAAAUCCGUUGUGAGAAGUACACAAUAUCAGUAUUACUGUUAUAGCACUUGAGCACAGAAUUCAGGAUCACUGGAAACGAAGCCACUUUCAAAGAUUUUUUGCAAUCAAGUUGAAUGCAUGUAUAUAAAAAAACAGCUUGUGGUUGUGGUGGUUGGGGUUCAAGACAAUCCCAUUAACUGUGCAAGCACAGUCUUCACACAGUGUAAAUCUCCCUAGUACCACAAAGCGUAGUGGGGUGUCUAGAAGGUGACCCCAGUUCUGUGCAGGGUACUGUCUUUAUUGAGGAUGCAGUGCUGUAUCUGCUGUAUCUGUGAACAGACAAGUAUUGAGAGUUUUUUUUUAAUCCACUGUGUUGUUGCAUUUAUUACUAUUAUUGAUAUUUCACUUUUUUUCUCCUACCAGAAACAGCAGAAUAUGCAUAAAAUUAUAACUGUGGUACUGUGGUAUAUUUUCCGCAAAACUGAAAACCAGUUGCUUGUGGAAACAGUAUGAUAAUAAUUUUAUAUAUAUAUACAUUACAUUUAUAUGUGAGUGUGCCCAAAUGUGACAAUUCAAUUUUCUUUAAUGUUUGCGAAAAAUUCUGCAUAUCAGUGCCAGAUCAGAGCCGAAGUGUGCCAAAUCCCAUCUUUUAGGUGAAACAAUGCAAAUAUGGAUUCUUGGUGGGGAAGGUGAAGCUCUCUGCUCCCCCUUGUGUUUAAAAUGUGCCAUCACAAAGAAUACAAUGUCACACUCGCUAUCCUGGUGGAUACCUGGGCACUGCUGUUCUGAAGGGGUGUGUCACUUGCCUUUUUAAUAAACAAUCGUGUAACCCUGCUAACUGAACUGAAUGAAAUCCCAUAAAAUAUUUUAAUGUGAAAUGUAUAUUUUAGUACAGUUUAAUUCUCUAUGUUUGUAGUAUGAGAUUGAUUAUAUAUAUAUAGUGUAUAUACAAAUACGUUCAUAUAUGAAAUAUUAUAACUAUAAAUAGCUCAAGCCAAGAAAAACUUUCAAAUUCAGAAAACACAAGGAAACAAGGUUCUUGAGGAAGGAAAAUGAACAAUGUUCACACUGGCGACUCUGGGUCUGUGGGUCUCUCUCUCCAGAAUUCAGGAGCUGGAGGUGUGUGCGUGUCAUGAUGUUUUCUGUUUUUUUUCACAGCUAACAAACAUCUGCUUUGACUUUUUCUAGUAAUAAGCAACACGUGCCUAAGAGAGGGGUAUCGGUAAUUUAAGUGUAUCAGUAUUAUGUAGCGAUUCUAAAUAUACUUAUAGGCUAUAUAGAACUUUAAAUGUUUUAAAAAUAAUUAUUUCAUUAUAACCUCCAAGGCAUGACUGCAACUGAACACAGACAGACACUUGUCCAAUUGAACAAAACAGAAUGUAGGUACUGUAUACUACACAGUCUCAUUUCUGUUACCCCAAAGAUCUCCACCUCAUUCAGGACUUGGUAAAACACAUUUCUUGCAAUGCAUCUCAGCUCACACUUUGCAGCUGUCUCAGUUUCUGAUUAAAAAACAUUCUUUAUUGCGUUUAGAGUGAAAGUGUACAUAGAGUGCAAAAUGGAGUUGGUUUUCAGUGCUUAUAGAUUGCAAGAUAAAGUGAUUCUUUUAUGAGCACAAAGACUUUCGAAAGCAAUGUUCCACAGCUGUGAAGUAUCCACUGCUCCAGAAAAUCACAUUGCUGUUGAUUGAUACUUCAGUCUAGAAAUUGAGCUGUCUGAGAAAGGACUGUCUGCCUUGAAAAGGGGGCUCUACUUCAUUUAAUUUCAUUUGCAACAAGAUUACUGUAAAUGUAUAACUGUGGUGGUGCACAGAAGCCCAGGGGCCAGCCUACAGCAUAUCCUCCCCAAAUGUGAAGAGUAGUAAUACCUCACGUACUCCCUUUAGCUAUUGGCUCACCCCUAUACAGUACAACAGCUAAGAGGAACUUUGAUCAACCAAAUUGCCCCUUACCUCCAUUCAGUACCUUCCAUUUGUUAAAAUUACUGAAAGGAACUGUAAAUGCAAUUAAUAAGUAUUGGCCUGUGAGGUGAGUCAAGUUUACCCGUCUCCUACAUGUGACCCAGCAGGUGAGCUACAGUGCAUUAGACCAGAAUUAGCUUGGGCGUCUCUGCCCUUCAGCUCCGCAGGCGUUUUCAAUGCAAUCAGGAAUGGAACAGGAACUCUUAAUACAUGACUGUGAGUUAUUCUUAUUCACUCCACUAUGUUACUUUAUAUACAAAUGAACAAAAUAACCAUUCUAAAAAAAGGCAACCCCAGAUUCAUACCACUGUGAUCUAAAUCUCCCCAGAAAUGUAGUUUUGCUUAGUCACAAAGCCUAAGGAGCUCCAUGAAGUUACAUAUGGGUUAGUAAGCAUUUAUAUUUCAAAAUGUCACUAAUUAGGGACACUUAAUGUGAAGUGUUGUGAUCUUAUUUUUUACUUGGCAGAGUUGACAGGUAAUGUUUUUUUUUUUUACUUUUUAACAGGGAUAUCUCGUGAUUCUUCUGUCCAAUAUCCUCUGGUUUUUGUCCCACCUGAGCUCUUGGUUACUGUUGGACUAAUUAGCUCAUUAGCAGCAGACGUCUGAUACAAUUAAGCAGGUUACGAUUAACAGUUAGCUGUAUCUUGAGUGAAGUGAAUGCUGUGACUCGUGUUGGAACAAAAUCUAGAAGGUACAAGUUUUUAGAGGGUCUCAGCGCAAGACCCCUGCUCUAGAACAAGUGUGAAAUGAUUAAUACUGAAGGACUGAAUUUCAGAAUCAGGACACGGAUAUUACGACAUGUAAAAGAGGAAGGAAAGUAUUGUUAUCUCUGUGGGACAUAAGCUAUCUUAGGAAUGAAUCUUCAUAAAACAGCAUUGUCUAGGCAGUGAGCUACACACGUGAGCUGCAGAUUUAUGUAAGUGCUGUGCUGAAACUUAAGCCUUCUGUUUGAAAUCAUUCUAAACUACUUGUGCUACUGCAGUGUCCAUGAAAUGUUUCAGCAGUUACCGAGUAAUUACAUACACCUUUGUUUUUUAUAUGAUCUUGUAAAUAGCCCAACCUUUAUGAAGCAGAUUAUUAUUAUUAUUAUUAUUAUUAUUAUUAUUAUUAUUAUUAUUACAUCAAGUAUAUAACCGAAGUCCUCGGAGAAGAAUAGGCUCUGGCCCUGCUGGUGUGGGGGUGGAUCGUUGUCAGCAAAGCGCAGGCCUCACAGCGAUGACAGUGAUUGAAACAAUGGCCUCCCUUUGCCUGACAGACGCAUGACACUUCUGUGCACGAAGGGAAGAGCAAAAUCUCGACUCGCGAACCAGAGCAGCAGCCAUUGACGACGGGGACCAUUCCGCUGCGUUUCAUGCAUAUGUCUGCCUCCGCUUGCACUGGGCCGCCCCGACAGUUCACACGGGGCGCUCGUUACCGCUACAGCAGCUUGGCAGGGCCCGGCUCGCGCGCUAUCGGGGGUUCAAGCUCUUCGGGCUGUCCGCUGCCCCCUUUCGGGAUGGGUCCCCGGGGCUGCGCCACCCUGCUCUACUCCGCAGCACGCAGGUGUGCACACAGCUGGCACAGGAGUGGGCUCCGAACACACGGCCCUGUCGGAGUUACGCCAUGAGUCCCUUUGCCAGUGUGGGACGUGUGCGGCCGCCUACAUGAGUGGAGAAAUCCUUCAGCACAAAAAAGCAGGCGACGAGCGCUCUGGGGAAAGGGGUCUAAUCGAUCAAUGUUAGGGAAAAAAGCAACUGUAUUAGGGUAUAAUAUUUUUACUGAUUUUGUCCGAUUUAUAUUCUCGUUUGUCAAACUGUACAGAUAAAUGUAAGCUACUGCAAUUCCUAGAGAAGGCACACUGUGAUGUGAUUUAUUAAACACAGAAUGUAACACUGUUGAUGUUGUCAACUUUUUCUAAUUAUUAUUAUAAAGCUAUUUUUAGCGAAAG